AUGAGCUACCAAGUGUCUUCUGUUUUUCUACAAAAGUUCUCGCCCAAGGAAAUUCACGAGCUUAAGCGCGUGUUCAAAGAGCACGACCAUGACUAUGCAGCAGCUGUGCCUAUUGCCGAGCUACACACGGUGCUACAGAAGCUUGGCGAGAACGUGACGCCUCAUCAGACGACAGUUAUGUUGCAACAGACGAAACUAUCGAGACCCAAUCAGAUCACGUUCCAAGAGUUUCUCGAGCUUCUCCAUGAUUUUCGCAAUGGGGUUAUCGCUCUAGACCCGUCUCUGCUCUUGAGUCAAGCUUCAGUCGCCCCUGCUGCCAUGCUAGAGGCCGUUGUGGCAGAUCCUGAGCCUUUUCCUGCGGCAGAGACGCAGCCAUUUUUUGCUAAUCAAAAGACAGCAAAUCGGCAACAGAAUGUGACGUCAAAUCCACAGGCAGAAGUUUCGGCUUUUGCACAGAAAGCUCACUGGCCACCUGCAGAAACGCCGACGGCGAUACCGGUUGCAAGUAAAGCUCAUUGGCCUUCUGCUGCUAGUCAAGCUUCGUCGUGGGGAUAUAUGCCGUCAUCUGCCUCACAAGUAUCAGUUCCUGCUACUGCGUCGACGCAUGCAACGCCGCAGUGGCCACCAGCGGGCUCGAGUGACGCAACCUAUCCAAAGUCGCAGUGGCCACCUGCCGCAUCUAUUGCACCUGUUGCGACCACUGCACCUCCUGUCGCGACUACGAAAUGGCCUCCUGUUGGUGAUUCUGCCGGAGACAAGAAUCUUACGAAGCCCGAGUGGCCUCCUGCAGGGACCUUGCCUAGCGCGCGAAAGAAAUCUCAGUGGCCUUUGACGUCUGCUGCUGAAUCUUCACAAUGGCCGCCUGCAGGCAAUAGAACAGCGAAGCCGCAGUGGCCUCCAAGUGCAUCGGUGUCUACUCCAACCAAUGUGACACCCCCUACUUCUUUGGAAACACUGAAGCAUGCUCAGUGGCCACCUAGUACGCCAUUACCAGCCCCUGUAACGACUAACACUCCUCCUCAUAUGCCUGUCGAGCAGAUUGCGCCAGUCUCGCCUUCAAAGGGUCAGUUUAUGAAUAGCAACGUCGAUGCGCACACGUUGAACGUUCUGCAGCGACGUGCGAGUGCAGCAGCGCAAUAUAACUCGACUAUUUACGAGGUGAAAGGCACUGCUGGUGGCCUACACUCGUAUUCGGAGGAAGAAACUGUCGCCUUCACGGAACACAUUAACAAUACUUUACAAGCGGACAAGGAUGUUGCGUCUUUAAUGCCAAUUAGCGUGAAUGCUGGCUUGUUCCGGGCGGUAUGCGAUGGCGUGGUACUGUGUAAGCUGAUUAAUAAGGCCGUACCUGAGACGAUUGAUGAGCGUGCUCUUAACUUUGUGAAGCGGACGAAGGAGCUGAAUGUGUACCAGAAAACCGAAAAUCAGAACUUAUGCAUUAACGCGGCAAAGAGCAUUGGUUGCAGCGUCGUGAACAUUGGCCCCGAUGACUUGAUUGAAGGCAAACCCAUCCUUGUGCUAGGUUUGGUGUGGCAGAUUAUCAAGAUUCAGCUGACUUCGACAAUUAACUUGAAAAAUCAUCCCGAGCUCAUGCGGCUUCUUCUGGACGGCGAGACGCUGGAAGAAUUUAUGAAGCUUCCUCCUGAUCAGAUUCUGCUGCGAUGGAUGAAUUAUCACCUGAAGACAGCAGGCCACCCGAAGAAAGUUACGAACUUUAGCACAGACGUGCAGGAUGCGACCGCUUACAGUGUGUUGUUGCAUCACAUCGCCCCCCAGCACUGCGAUUUAUGUAACGAGUCUAUUCCGGAGGAACGUGCAGCGCACGUGAUAAAAAAUGCCCGUCGUUUGGAAGUCGAGACGUUUAUCAAACCUCGAGAUAUUACGAGCGGCAACCCAAAGCUGAACAUGUCGUUUGUGGCUCAACUAUUUAAUACGUGCCCGGCGUUGGAUGUCAUCGAAGAAGAGAUUAAACAGCUUGAGGAGAUUUUGUACGAUGACGUUGGUGAUACACGCGAGGAGCGUGUAUUUCGGAUGUGGAUCAAUUCACUGGCGAUUGAUGAUGUGUAUAUCAAUCACUUGUACUCGGACUUAAGCGACGGUAUGAAGCUUCUCAAGGUUCUGGACAAGAUUCAGAAGGGCAUUGUCGCUUGGAACGGGGUAAACAUGGUAGCGCCCAACAAAUUCAAGCAGGUUGAGAACUGCAACUACUGUGUUGUGCUGGGCAAACAGCUUAAAUUCUCGCUGGUUAAUGUCGGUGGCGCUGACAUCUUUGAAGGUGCGAAGAAGAUGAUUCUGUCGAUUGUGUGGCAGAGCAUGCGAUACCAGCAACUGAAGAUUCUGAGCGAGCUGGCAGCGGGCCGUGGCGAAAUCACCGACAAAGAUAUCGUCGGAUGGGCAAACGAGAAGGUUCGGCAGAGCGGACGGGCAAAGGGCAACAUCGUGUCAUUCCGGGACCCGAGUCUGUCCGACGGGCUCUACCUGCUUGACUUGGUGCAUGCUGUCGAGCCUCGCGCCGUGGAUUGGGACAUGGUCUUACAAGACAAGACAGACGACGCGAAGGCCAGCAACGCCAAAUACACUAUCAGCUGUGCGCAGAAGAUAGGUGCGACCGUCUUCUUAACGUACGAGGAUAUCGUGGAGGUGAAGCCCAAGAUGAUGAUGACUUUUGUGGCGAGCCUGAUGCUGGUGGACCACCAGCGCAAAGCGUUGGACGUUGGCCUUAACGAGUGA